AUUUUAAAAGGAUUUUGAUAGUAUUACACUGAAUGUACUCAGAUUUAUAAUAAUAAUCUAAUACUAUACAGAGUAGCUUGAUAAAAUGGACAUCAGGUACACAUGACCUCUUCCUUAUCACUUAUUUUAGAGUAUCUAUAAAAGGAAAAACCCAAAAAAAAGUUGUCAUUCACAAACUUAAAACGCAAUGGAUACGGUCAAGCUAAUAAUUAUUGGAUUGCUAUUUUAUUUAGGACUGGCACAAGUCAGUUCUCUGCAGGUUGCAACGAAUUCAGCUAUUAGUAAUCAGGCUAAGAAAUUUCGACCUUUUUAUACUGAGUUUUUGGAUUUCUAUAAGAACUUUUCACAAGAUGACCUGGAAGAGGAUCCUACUCCAGAGGAUCUGCAGUGUUUGGCUGACAUGGAUAGACUGAAGAGAGGCGUCACUUUGUAUACCCUUUGGGCAAGGAAAAUGAUGGAUUCUUGGGGCUCAUACCCGAAUGGACUUUUGUAUGGCAAUAGCAUCGACAUGGGCAACUACGAUGAGUGUCUUAGCAUCGACAAGGAAAUUGCUAACAAUCCGAAUAUAAAGGGAAAAUAUUGCCUAGCAAGAGUUCCCUUUCCAGUGGUUAUAUCGGAGUCAAGAGUAGCUGUUUGCUUUCCCUCCUCCUGCUCUAGCGCUCUCAUUGAUACUUUUAUGAAGCAGAUGUUUUAUGAGAUGGUAAAUCUAAAUUUCACUAAAGCAAUAGUGGAUGACGAAUAUUGCAAGACAGUCGAUAAGGAACCCUACGAUGCCCUAACAAUAUUCACAAUAGUUCUACUGUCAAUCUUGGCUGCUGCUAUGCUUCUGGCCACUCUCUGCGACUAUUUCUUCUUUGAGGAUCAAAGCAAAUUGCCAGAAGUUAUCAAAGUUUUCUCUGCACGCGCCAAUUCUCGAGCUCUCUUCCGUCUUGUUCAACCCAAAUCGAAUCCCAAUGUUAUCGAUUGUCUUCAUGGACUGCGAUGCAUGUCGCUUAUUUGGGUUAUUUUUGGCCAUCAAUAUAUGUUCGCAAUAAUGGGACCAAAUAUAAACGGACUAAAACUGGUUUCAUGGAUCGCAAGUCCGUUUGCCAGCUUCAUACUCCAUGGUUUCUUCUCGGUUGAUACCUUCUUCUUCCUAAGUGGCCUGUUGCUUGUAAUGAUUGCCCUGCGAUCACUCGAGAAAACCAAAGGCAGACUCAAUAUUCCCUUGAUGUAUCUCCAUCGGUAUUUGAGACUUACUCCCGUAGUGGCUGUGGCUAUUCUUAUGCAUAUGAAGCUACUUCCCAUAAUGAAUGAUGGUCCUCUGACUUACAGGGCACAAUUCGAUAACUAUGAUCACUGCCACAGGACGUGGUAUUUGACUCUACUCUACGUUCAAAACUAUGCUACUCCAGAUUUGUGCAUGAAUCACACCUGGUACCUGGCUGUAGAUAUGCAAUUGUAUAUUCUAUCACCAAUAUUCCUUAUCGCAUUGUACAAGUGGGGCAAGAAAGCUGCUGCGGCAAUCUUUUUACUCAUGCUUCUACUCUCUGGUUGUCUCUUUGCCACAAUAAUGACCAAAAAGUAUCCAGUAGAUUUUGCCAAAGGAGGCAUCAGCGGUGAAAGCAAUCGCAAACUGUACUGGGCGACACAUGUUCAUGCGGCACCUUGGUUGAUCGGACUUCUGCUUGGAUAUUUCCUGCACUUGAAUCGCAACAAGUCCUUCAAGCUCAAUCGCAUUUUCAUUUGGUUGGGUUGGAUUGUCAGCUUGGCCAUGUUGUUUGCCUCAUUGUUUGCUCUGUAUCCAGCUGCCCAGUGGAGUGCAGAAGCAUUGACAUUGGGAGAGCAGGCUGCCUACUAUACACUGAGUCGAAUCGCUUGGCCGUUAGCUCUCUGCUGGGUUGUGUUUGCCUGUAUGCAGGGAUAUGGCGGAUUGGCCAACAGUUUCCUCUCCUCGCCACUUUGGCAGCCCCUGUCAAAACUCUCCUUCACUGCGUAUAUGUUUCACAUAUUCAUGCAGCAAGUACAUGCAAGACGUUUGCGAACUAACGCAGUAUUCACAGACUACGAUGUGAUGCUGUCAUUCUGGCAAACCUUUGGCUUUACAUUGCUACUGUCUUACGUAAUGUAUAUUAUUCUGGAAGCACCCUUUGGUGCCUUGGAAGGUUUGCUAAUGCCUCAGCGAAAACCUAAGCCGAAAACUGAGGAGCCCAUUGAUGUACAGACUGAUGAAAUUCAAGUUGUCGAGAUUCAAAAGACAGAUGAACCUCUGAAACCUGCAAAAGUUACAGGAGAGCAGGACAUAUAAAAAACUACACAUUUAAAAAUGAAAUGGUAACAGAUCUAUAUUGCUAU